GCAAGAAAAGAAUGCAAAAGUGAAUAAGCUCUAUACAGCUUUCUCUGAGUUCAUCAUAGCCCAAAAAAAAUCCCGGAAAGACUAAAAACGGUAUGAAUCUGCUUGUUCUGCAAUCAGCUACAGCUUUAGUGAUUCUAGGAGCUGUUUCUACAAACGCCCAGUGUAACUCGUCGUUCAUUGGCUACUCUCUUAUUGGCCACGUGUACAAGAAUUUCUCCGCCCCAACUCCUCUCGAUUGUUAUAUGAAAUGCAAACAAGACGAACCCUACUGCAGAAGCUUUAAUUUUCAUGCAGAUCAGGACUUGUGCGAGCUUAACAAACGUUCCAAAGAGUCUCAUCAAGCAGACUUACAAGUCAGCAAGUUUUCCGUGUACUUUCAUAGUUGCUAUCGAGAUCGCUAUGGAUCCAAACCUUCAUUAGCAACCAAUUCCUGCGCUGAAAUAAUAAGACACGAUGACUCUAUAGGAGACGGAUUGUACUGGCUGAACAUAGAGGAGGAGAACGAAACCUCACAAGUUUUCUGCAAUAUGGCAAAUAACAACGGAGACAUGUCGUCAUCAUUUGAUCUUGUCUUCCCUACUACCCGUAACGUCACCAACUACGUCAUGGCAGAUACACUUACCCAGACACUGAGUGAAUUUACAGUCUCUCUUUGGCUGAAAACUAAAGAGAAAGUACUCGUUCCGAUAUCCUACGCUGUGGGAAGUCAGAUGAAUUCAAUUCUGAUCUACAUCGACCAGACUGGUUGGCUGAGAUUUGUUGUUGCUGAACAACAGAUAGAUGGAUUUCCAGGUUUACUUGAUGACGACAGAUGGCAUCACGUGCUAGCCACGUGGCAAAGCGUGACUGGACAAGCACAAGUCUUCAUCGAUGGUGAUCUCAAGAUAACCGAUAAUGGCGGUAUCAAUACUGGUAAUACAAUUCAAGGGGGAGGGAAAGUGGUUCUAGGCCUCGACCAAGACAGCCUUGGAGGAGGAUUUGACGUCGAACAAUCUUUUGUCGGUGAACUAACACAUGUGUAUUUAUGGAACACUGUACUCAGCACAGACGUGAUUUUUAACAUGGCGCGCGUUUGUAGGGAGUUUCCUCACCCAGAUCACGUGGUUGGAUGGGCUGAUUUUGGCAGCAAUUUGAAUGGUGAAGUCACGCGUCGCAAUAUCUCAAGAUGUCACUAUGACCCACCCUUGACGACAUAGAACUAGUGCUUAUUGAGGCCAAGAAAAAUUGCAUUAGUACAUUUGGAUUACCCUGCUGUGAAAGGCAAUUGACGCACUUGAAGCACAAAAAUCAUCCAGUCUAUCAUAAGCCAUUCAGUUGCAUGAAUGACAAAAGCGAGAAAACUCCUAAGAAAAUGGAGAUAUGAAAAAUUCCUUGUGGAUCCUGAACGUAUACAUAUUUCAAACUGCUCGUCGGUAAUAGCAUAGUCACUCGAGCCUCGUCUCAAGGAACUAGCCACAAAAACACUAACGAACCAAAAAGUUGACAAAGUACAAUCUCUCAUCAUAACAUAGUUAAUAUUAACUAUUAACUAUGAUCAUAAGAGAUACUGCUACCGGAUGCAUUUCCUUCAUGAUAUUUGCAUGCUUGAUCCUUUCUGUCACUAAACUAGCAGAAUUGCUUCUUGUCUCUAAAAUACCAAAACUAGCAAUAACUAAGAAAUGAUAUCAAUGAGAAUAAAAUGCAACAAAAAUUAAUGG